AGUAAUACAUUCCUCAGAGUUUAUGCGUUUAUUAGCAAAACACGAGACGAAAUCUGAUAAUAUUAUUACAGAAGCAUAUAUGCAGCAAUAUACAUGAAAUUUGCUGUAUAAAUUACCAUUUCAAUAGUCCUGUGGAACAUCACCAUCCCAGGGAGAAUCGCGCAUUGAUCCAGUGUGCAAUUUUUGGGGUAAAUAUAAUCACGUGGCGCCCAGACAGCCAAUGGGAGCGAAAGAAGCCCAUGGAAAUAAUUACCUGGCGUGAUUGUUCUAUGGGCAGAUAAAAAGUACACAUACACUCCAUAUAAUAAACGGAUGCAUGUAAAAGAGACUACAAGCUUCGUCAUGUCGACCACAGGUCCCAUAAGCAAUUAUUAUGUGGAUUCCUUGAUAAACCAUGAAAGCGAGGAAGUGCUGGCGACGCGUUUCUCCACUCCUGAACUGCUGCCCUCCGGCUCCCGUCCUGCACCCCUGGUACCGGAGUGUAGUGAUUUUCCUUCCUGCAGCUUCACCCCGAAAUCUCCGGUGUUCACCACUUCCUGGGGCCCAGUUCACUCUCAGACCUCUGUUGUUUACCAUCCGUACACUCACCAGCCUCAUUUGGGAACGGACUCGAGAUACGUGCGCUCUUGGCUGGAGCCUAUUUCUGGUCCCGUGUCCUUCCCCGGCUAUCCGGCGAACAACCGACACUAUGGGAUGAAACCGGACGCGAUGCCUGAGCGAAGAGCCGGAGACAGCCUGGCCUCUAAUGGCAGGGGCUUCUCGGAGUUUCUGUACAGCUCCUCCGCUGAUAUCCGAGACAAGACGCAGCAAAACAUCCCGUCUCCAGCGUCGGAGAUUGUGGCCUCGGGAAAACACAAAGACGAGAAGCCAGACUUAGAUCCCAAUAAUCCAGUGGCGAAUUGGAUCCAUGCUCGGUCCACUAGGAAGAAGCGAUGUCCAUACACAAAGUACCAGACUCUCGAACUUGAAAAGGAGUUUCUCUUCAACAUGUAUCUUACCAGGGACCGACGAUACGAAGUUGCUCGAGUCCUAAAUCUAACGGAGCGACAAGUUAAAAUCUGGUUCCAGAAUCGACGGAUGAAGAUGAAGAAGAUGAAUAAAGAGAAGAACGAUACAAAUGAACAAUAAUGGGAGAUAUCCAACUGAAGCAAAGGGACACAGUAAAUACAGAAAACCUCUGAAAAACAACAAAAAACAUACGAAACGUUAAGAGGAUAUCCCUCUUAUUAGUCCUCUCACAUUUCCAUCUGAUCCUGUUUUAUUUUAGAUGUUUCUGCACGUAAUGCAUUUUAUCUAAACAAUUUUGGAUGUGCAGUUUGUGUUAUUUUUGUAAUUUGUUUCUUUAUGUGUGCCUUUGUGUAUGUAUAUGUAUAUAUGUGCUGGGGAGGAGGAAAACAUAAAAAAGCUGAGACGUUCUUAAAUUCUUCACUGAAAAACACCAGAGGAAAGUACUUGAAUAUAUAUUCUUUCCGUUACUUCAUAAUUUAUGGCUCUUUUGCAUAUAUAGUAUUUUUAGUUUUGGCACUUGGUUGUUAUUUUGAAUACUUUGAACACUUUGUACAGAAGAGGAUAUAACAACAGAAGCAGGAAUGUAUGUCUAUGUGUCUAACUGGAAUAGAUAUCUUGUAACUAAUGGUGAAUUUUUACAUUCUUACAAGACUCGGGAAGGUUGUGUUGUUAUGUGUGGAUUUUGGAUAUGUAUAAAUAUAACCAAAUGCCUUUAGUCUGCAUUUGUUUGUUUUGUGCUGCGUACAUUUUUAGUAGGCAUGCACACACGUGUGCCUGCUGUACGUGCCUAUAUAUAUGUGCGUGUGUGUGAGAGAGAGAGAGAGAGAGAUAAUGCUAGAAAAAGCUACGAGCAGUGACACGGAUGUGUGAUGCAAGAACUCGGCAUGUGCACUAUGUACGUAUUGUGGAGUACAUUCGUGAUUAAAAGCAUCUGGCAGGUUAGCUCAUUAUUCCUCAUGUUGGAUUUCUUCUUUAAUGAACAUUUCCUGACCAGUACCCUCGACCAUCAUUUACCAUGCCCUGGAAAUGAGAAUACAUUGUCAUCUCAUUCCCAAC